UGAAUCAAAAAAAGAGUCACAAAUCCAUCUUUCUAACAGCAGUCAUCAAUCACGCAUCAUUUAUUCCUAACCUUCAAUCUCACUUGCAAGCAGAACACUUGUUUCACAUAAAAGGUCACCAUCAGUAUGGACAGCAGUCAUUUUUCUUCGUACUUUGGGCUCGUUCAAGGAGGAGACGAAGAUAAUCAGAGAGUCGAGCUAGCGGCAUUACCCCACAUACCUCAGCCACAGACUCCAAAGGAGCCCAUGGAGUUCUUGUCGAGAUCUUGGACAUUCACUGCCGACCAAAUAUCAGAAGCUCUUGCCACGAAGAACACACUACCUGCUGCGUGUCAACAAAGCGACAAUCCCGAAAACUUUUCCCAACCGCCAAAUCUAUCUGGAACAGUAACGAAAACAUCGAGCAGUGGGGCGACGGCUAUGGGGAGAUUUUUCAAUCACAAAGAAGGAAAUGCCAUGAGAAAAAAAGAUAAAGCUCGGCUGGAGAGUGCACACACGCAUGCUCUCGUCUCUGUUGCUGGCCUUGCAGCUGCAUUGGCUUCUUUUUUUGCCUCGGCCGAUAAAUCCAAGGCCUCGAGCCCAGAAAUGAACACUGCAUUGGCAUCAGCAACAAAGCUCUUGGCCUCUUACUGUAUUGAGCUGGCGGAAUCUGGCGGGGCCCACAGGGAGCACGUGACCUCGGUUGUGAGGUCAGCAGUGCAAAUUCACACAGAAAGUCAUCUCUUGACUUUGACAGCUGCAGCAGCAACUGCUUUGAGAGGAGAAGCUGCUCUGAAAGCAAGAUUACCAAAGGAAGCAAAGAGGAGUGGUGCAGCUGUGAGUCCUUACGAUAAGGUCUUAGCAUAUUCUCCUUCUCAAGCGACUUUUCAAAGUGAAAUCGAGAAAGAGGACCUUCCCUGUGUGGGUGACUUACUACAGCUCACUCAAAAAGGCUUGCUACAAUGGAGAAAUGUCUCUGUCUAUAUCAACAAGGCAUGUGAGGUUACGAUCAAGUUGAGGAGUAAACACAUUGGUGGAGCCUUUUACAGAAAGAACAAAUGCAUUGUUUAUGAAGUCAUUGACGAGAGUGACGAAUGGCCAUUCAGAAAAGGAAGGGAAUAUGUGGAAGUGAACUUCGGGGUGAAAACAUCUCAGGGCUUGCUGGAGUUCAAGUGCAGGAACAAAGUCCAUAAGCAGAAAUGGGUGUGUGCAAUCCGGAAGCUUCUCGAGCGGAACACAAAAUUCGAAGAGGCUAAGGAUGCCCUAAGAAAGUUAAAUAUCAAUAAGAGCAUCUAAUCACACUUUUAUUCGGACAAGUUUUUCUCUGUAAUUGAAGUUCUCUUCACAGUACACAUUGAAUAUACACAGGGAAGUUUUUCAGACCAACAUCAAUCUCUGUGAAGUGUCUGAAACUAAAAACCUAAAAAGUAAAAAAUCAAGUGUGUCAGAAUCUUAGAAUGAGGAGAAGCAAGACUGUUUUUCUUUUCUUUUUUCUUUUCCCUACUUUUUUCACAGGUUAAGACAUUGGCUAUUUGGCUGUACAUUUCUUCCAUGUUGCAAUUUUGUUGUCAAGGUUUUGAUAUUUUCGAAAAAUGCCGUUAAGUUGGUUGUCAUUCAGUCGGAUGAUUCUUUAUUUCCAAUGAUUUUUUUUUUAUUUAAUUUUUCUCUUUUGUGAUUGUUG